CCGGUAUGAGCUGAUGCUCCCCCUCCUCCUCCCCGCCUGCUCUGAUAGAGCAGCAGAUGCUACACUGUUUGUUUUUCUGCGAGCAUUCCAGGCGUCUCGUGCCCGUGUCUGAGAUCUGAGACGCAGCGAGAUGAGAAAGGGGUGCCUCGGAUCCUCCUCAGGCUGUCACACCGUCACACCGAUGGUGUAUUGAGUAGUGCACGGAGAGAUGAAUGGACGAAGCAGCGUCUGCGUCCUCCUUUCAUACCUGAUCAGAGUGACCGCUGCAGGAAGCUUCUCAGGAGAUGAUGAGAGUUAUCGUCCACAACAUGACAACACUGUGCCAGCUGCCCCAGUGUAUCAGCAAGUUGGUUCUAAAGGCUUGGAGCAUAGUGCAGUUUUCCAUGCCCAGUCCAGAGCCCGGAUAGCCAAACUAAUACCCUCCACACUCCUCGACUCACGUUUCCGGCAGAUUCCUCAGGACCACUCAGGAGUCAAUUUUUUAGCCAGGACAGGCCAUGAGGUGCAUGUGGAGAAUACUCCUAUAUCAACCCAUCACAUCAUCAUCAUGGCUUUGCAGGUGGAUGUACGGAGGUUAAAUGUAACUCUUCUUCAAUUGUUUCGGGAGGGUGUGGCCACUGCCCUGGACAUUUCUCCCAGCCAAGUGCACAUCAACCGCCUCAAUGAGCAGAAAAAUGGCAUUGAGCUGUAUGUGUCAUCUGACAGAAUGGGUACAUCUGAACCUGUGUCCUCAGAGGAGGUGAUCCGCUCACUCAACAUCAACUCACUCCAUCACAGCCUCAGGCGUUUCGGCAUCACUGAAGUCUCCUCUGAGAAAAAUGUUCUUCAAGGGCAGCACGAGCGGGACAACUUGUGGAACAAAGAGGGUUUCUACGCUGUGGUUAUCUUCUUCACCAUCUUUGUUAUCAUCAUCACCUGUUUAAUGGUUCUUUACCGCCUGAAAGAGAAGGUUGAGUAUUCAGACAGUCAGCUGAAGGGGCCAAGUGUGCUCAGUCAGGACAUUCACUUGGCACCAGUUGCCGUGCAUGAAGCUCAGCCACCACUGAGCCAGACAAGCAGCAUGGUGCAGGCCACUCCAACUCUCAAGCCUGCCUGCACCACCAUAACCUCUGGAGCCCCCACCACCACCCUCAGCCACAACCCCAGCAUCCUACAUACACACGCCACCACCACUGUAUCUGUCCCCCACAGCGCCCCCUAUCCCGUUGUGCCUGACAUCAAACCCUGCCUGUCCUCCAGCCCCUCUCCAUUCAAGAUGAAGCCUGCAGGCCUUCAGGAGAGGCGAGGCUCGAAUGUUUCCUUGGUGCUGGAUAUGAGCGCUCUGGGCUCUGUGGAGCCUCUGAACUGUGGAGAGAAGACUCCUCGGGAGAGGGCUGCCCAAGAGUACUUAAGGUCGGCCGGCCGAGCUCUCUCACGGCAGCAGCUCCGAGAUGUCACACUUAGCACACAAGCUCUUCAAGCUGAAUUUGCUGAAAUUCCAAUGAAUUUUGUGGAUCCAAAGGACCUGGACAUCCCCAGUCAUGGAACCAAAAACAGAUACAAGACCAUUUUGCCAAAUCCACAUUCCAGAGUCAUUCUGAAGAGCAAAAGUUCCUGUGACCCUUUCAGCAGUUACAUCAAUGCCAACUACAUACGAGGUUACCUCGGAGACGAGAACGCGUACAUUGCCACACAGGGUCCAAUGAUCAACACAGUAAAUGACUUUUGGCAGAUGGCCUGGCAGGAGGACUCCCCUUUGAUUGUUAUGAUCACUAAGCUGAAAGAAAAGAAUGAGAAGUGUGUUUUGUAUUGGCCUGAGAAAAGAGGAAUAUAUGGAAAAGUGGAAGUCCUCGUCAACAGCAUAAGAGACUGUGAGCACUACACUGUCCGCACCCUUACACUCAAACAUGGUGGCCAGAGUCGUAAGGUGCACCACUACUGGUAUACAUCGUGGCCAGAUCAUAAAACCCCAGACAGUGCUGGGCCACUGCUACAGCUCAUGACUGAUGUUGAAGAAACCAGAGAGGCUUCUGGGUCUUAUGGCCCGGUCAUCGUUCACUGCAGUGCUGGAAUUGGUCGGACAGGCUGUUUUAUUGCCACAACAAUAGGCUGUCGUCAACUGCGAAUGGAAGGUGUUGUGGAUGUUCUGAGCAUCAUCUGCCAGCUGAGAGCUGACAGGGGCGGAAUGAUUCAAACUGGAGAACAGUAUGAAUUUGUCCACCAUGCUUUGAGUCUUUAUGAGAGCCGAUUAUCAGCAAAUACUCAUCAAUGAACCCAAAUGGAUACCAAAUGAAGAAGAAAAAGAAGGUAUAGGAUUUAACUCAUUUUUACCAGGACGAAAAAUCUUUCAAGGGUUAAAGAUUUCUCUGUUUUGACAAAGACACACCCCUCAAACCAGAAGAAACUGAAAUGGAGUGGCAGAUGGGGAUUUUGAAGGUGGAUCAUGAAGAACUUGUGCUGUGAAGCGAGGCUUUUAAGGUGCUGAAUGAUUUCUCAGUAAGCCUGAUGUGUUCUGUAUAAUUUUUUUCUCAGUGAACCUCUAUGCCUCUAAGGACUGUUUUGUGCUGCUCUGUCCACAUCACGUCACUCUACCUAUAUGCCCUUAUUAAACCUUUACCCUGUCCGCUUCAUGGCUUAUGAUAACAAUGUUGAGAUCAAGUAACUGUAGUAAUUAUUAAGCCUUUAAUUCUAGUUUUGGACUGUGACUUGCACUUGAAGACUGUUCAAUGCAUUAUGUUGUUGAACAAUAUAUUUCUUAAGUAAGCAAUUAUUAGUCACUAUAGCGGAGCCCUUAGUUAAAAAUCAGCAACAGGUUUUGACUAAAAGUUCAGUAUGAGAGUUUUAAUCAGACUGAAUCAUCACCAUUCAGUCAGGGGAUGUUCAGAUUUUUCUUUGUUAAAUAAAUGCCAAAGCUUGUUUGUUUGAGGAUAUCUUCACACAAAAUGCACACAAUAACAGGAUUAUCUCACAUUAAAUGUCUGACUGGAGUAGACCUGCCAUGCCAACUUUUUUAUUAUUUUCUUACCCAUUUGUAAAUGAAGCUUAUUUAAUGAUGUAGUUGCAGUGUGACCUAUACUAUGAACUGGAAAUUGCAUAUCAGAGUUUAAAUAUAUGUGUGUGUGUGUGUGUGUGUGUGAGUGUUUAUGUGUGUGUGUGAUAAUAAUGGUGAUAAUGUUAUUUUUGUACAGUUUGAUUUGACAAUAUUUUUUACAUUUAAUUUAGCAGUGGUUACCCAAACUGGUACUGGUAAUCCAGCAUGGUUACCCAAAACUUUUGACUGUAUAAUAUAUAUAUAUAGUAGAAUGUAGACACAAUAAUGUAUUUAGGGGACUAAUUUUGCCAUCUUUAAUAGUGUGAAAUCUCAUUCAAAUACUAAUUAAAUUACAAGAAUUCAUUGUAAAAUCGUCUGAGGAAGAAAAGAAGGGAAAUUUCAUGUCUCAGAUUUAUACAAAAAGAUCCAAGAUGCUGUUUUAGCAAAUGUGCUUUAGAGUGCUUUCACACCUGCCUCAGAUUUUGGUCCGACCAAGAGAGGUGGUCUCGGUCCGGAUCUUCUGAACCAUGGUCCGGUUCGCCUGCAGUGUGAACGCGCUUUUCUGGAGGGUUCGAACUUUUGGACCAAUUACAGGAAGCUGAGCAGGCGUUCCUCAACAACGGCAGCAGAUAAAGAAAAAUAACCGGAAAAGCAGGAAAAAUGAUCAGUGGAAGAACAUGGGGCCAGAGGAGACAAUAUGUUUAAUUGAAAUUUGGUCCGAUGAACAUGUGAAAAGUGCCUGAAGUUGCUGCUGCUGGUAUUAAAAACACAAUAGCAGCGCUACCAUGGAGACGAAAUUAAUCUGUUAAUUCAUUUCAUGCUUAUCCUGGAAAGGUUUCCCGCCGAAUGAACCACCCGCUGAAUUGUCAACACGCCAAUGUCAGACGCAUGUCCUUCUAAAACCAAUUAGCGUCAAGUUAAGGAAAACGCAUCAAUACGUAAGUGAUGAUGAAAGGAUGGUCUUUGGUGCGCUCCCUAAACUGCAGUGUGAAAACAAAAAUAAGCGGACCAAAUAUAUACAAUGUAGCAAAUACAUGAACCUUGGUUCGGACCACGGUCCGGACUUUCAGGUGUGAAAGCACCCUUAGAUGCAAAAGAAACAUGUAAACAGAAAAAUGGGGCUUAAAGAAAGUUAUCUGGCUUUCUGUAAAUUCAACAGUGUGGCUCAAUGUGGGGCUUUAGCUGUGGUAAUGUUAGAUCACUCACGUUUUACAACUAAUAACCUACACUGUACAUUGUACUUAACAUUUUAAAGAAAAUAAAGUACAACAUUUAAAAAAGUUUCA